UGGAGAGCUGAACCAGACAUCGAGAAGAUCAAGUCAACACUGCGGUCGCUUUGGCCCUCCAGCACUGUCCAAGUCGCAUUCUUUGCUCAGGGCGCCUUUAAUAAGCUCUAUCACGUCAUUGUCGAAGGCCCGCCACCUCUUAUGCUCCGAAUUUCGCUGCCUGUAGAUCCUCGGUACAAGACUCUGAGUGAAGUCGCUACAAUCAGAUGGGUUAAUACGGUUACGACUAUCCCACUCCCCCAGGUGAUCACCUACAGCUCUUCGCUUGACUCUGCUCUUGGAUUUGAAUGGAUCCUCAUGACUAGACUUGACGGGACCUCUCUGUCUAGUGCCUGGACACACAUCGAUUUCUCAACAAAGACUGCCCUCGUUCGCCAGUUUGCCUCCUUCACAGCCUCGCUAUUCCGAAACCAGCUGUCUGGCAUUGGUAAUAUCUACCCUCCUGUCCUCUCGACACUCACCCCUACAACCGGCCGCAUUGUUUCGAUGCCCUUCUUCUGGGGCGACCGCAUCAAUCUCGACAUAGAUCGUGGUCCCUUUCGCCAUAGCCGAGACUGGAUCGCGGGCCGUUUGCAGCUCGCAGAAAGUGACUGUCUCGCUGUGUUGCGCAAAUAUCCAGCGGAUGCAGAGAUCGAUAGCGAUGCCGAGGACGAUAAGGAGGAUGCUACUCGAACUGCCAGUAUCAUCGCAAAGCUACAACAGCUUAUCGACCUUGUCUUUCCGGAAACAACGAAAGGAGAAGAGACCACGGUACUCUCUCGCACUGACCUAUCUCGAAGCAAUAUCCUUGUCGACGAUGCCGGAAAUCUCACUGGCGUUGUCGAUUGGGAAUGUGUCUCAGCCCUGCCCAUGUGGAAGGCUUGUUCUUACCCUUCGUUUCUGGAAGGCCGACCU